AUGAAAUUCUCUUGUAUCAUUCCUUUGCUUUUAAGUUCGGCGGUAUCGGCCAUUUGGCUUGAUACCAACAACAAAACCACCAUAGCCGAAGAUACGGCACUCAUUGCCAAGGGGUUGCUUGACUACUACGAAGGAUAUGACUAUGGAGGAACGAUUGGUAUGUUUACCUCGCCAUACUAUUGGUGGGAAGCUGGUGGAGCAUGGGGAUCGCUCAUUGACUACACGUUUUACUUGCAAAACAAUACUUUGGUGCCCUUGAUCAAGGAUGCCCUUCUCUAUCAAACUGGUGAUGACGAUAACUACAUCCCAUUGAAUCAGUCCACGACUGAAGGUAAUGAUGAUCAAGGAUUCUGGGGCAUUGCGGUAAUGGCUGCCGCAGAAAGAAAUUUCUCUAACCCAGACGAAAGCACUGGAAAGUCGUGGUUGGCAUUAACGCAGGCUGUGUUCAAUACUAUGACUGCUAGAUGGGACACGGCCACUUGUAAUGGUGGGUUGAGGUGGCAGAUCUUCCAGUGGAAUUCUGGGUAUGACUAUAAGAACUCUGUCUCGAACGGGUGUUUGUUUCAAAUCGGGGCUCGUUUGGCCAGAUACACGGGUAACACCACGUACUCUGACUGGGCCGAGAAGGUGUGGGACUGGAUGGAAGAUAGUGGUUUGAUUGUGGAUAUGGGUGGAUACUGGACCGACCACGGUGGGCUUUUGACCCCUGGUGAACCAUACUACUACAUUUAUGAUGGUGCAUACGUUGACGGAAACUGUACCAACGUCACCAAGUAUGUGUGGACGUAUAACUUCGGGUUAAUGAUCGCCGGAACUGCCUACUUGUAUAACUUUACAGAAGACGAGAAAUGGUACAACAGAACUGCUGCGCUUUUGAGAGGUUCAUCUGUAUUCUUCAUUAACAACUCCAUUAUGUACGAGGCAGCUUGUCAGGGUGCUGGUAACUGUAACAAUGAUCAAAGAUCGUUCAAGGCAUACUUUUCAAGAUUUUUGGCUUUGACUUCCAUUAUGGUACCAGCCACCAGGCCAACAAUUUACCAGUGGCUUGUUGACAGUGCCAACGCUGCAGCUCAGCUGUGCCUGGGAGGUACUGACGGACACACAUGCGGUCUUAAUUGGAAUGCUACAGGCUGGGAUGGUUACUACGGCUUGGGUGAACAGAUGUCUGCCUUGGAAGUGAUGCAAAACUUGCUUGUGGAGGACUUGCCUGGUCCAUACACUGCGGAAACCGGGGGUUCUCUGCAAGGUGACCCAGCCGGUGGGUAUGCCACUACAGCUACAGACCAGUCGCCCUUGGACUUGGACGCUGGAGAUAAGGCAGGUGCUGCUAUAAUUACCGCUGUCAUAGGUAUUUCGUUAGUUGGAAGUGCGGUUUGGCUACUUAUCUAG